CUGGGACUUACCGCCCAGCAGAUCCUCUAUUCAGCUAACUACAGGAAAGGUCCUCACCGGCCUUUUCGCACACGGCUGCUGGCCACGGAUCGACGGCCAGUGCUCAUCGUUGCUUCUUCUGCUCACGUUAGCACCCAUUUCCUCGUCAACUCAUCUAUUUUCGAGCUCCGAGCUAGGACAUUUCGUGAAACUGCUCGUCGAAACCCUGAAGCCCAAACCCGUGCUUCGCUCAACAAAAACUUCAAACAAAACAGAUAAACAGGAGGUGCAUUCAGCCUUCGCCAGUCAGAUAGUCGCCGAGGGUCGCAGCUGACCGUUCCGUUCUUUUUCGCCCUCAAUCGUUGUGCUGGUUGGUGCUCCUGAUGGGAUGACUGCCAAGGUGAGGAAAAGAACAGACUCGCGGCUGCCAGAGGGCAUGCAUGGCAUGCACGUCCCGAUGCAUUGAUGUGCUUAUCGCCUGUUAUUCACUGCAUGCUUUAGGGACGCUCUGUGACGAAGCGCCGUGGUCGUGGGAGGACUGGUCGUGGGAGGACUGGUCGUGGGAGGACGGCAGCGGUGUGGCGCAAAGUGAGGUACGCCCGGCCAAAACACCAGCUGUCAGGAAGAGAAGCGUGCCCAUCGAUGGGCUCACAUGGCGGCUGUUCCUUUCGUUGUCUUCAGCACCAAGUCUUUGUCCGAGGUCUCCACCAGGGACGAUGCGUCGGCCAACCUCUCGCCCGACAGCACACCCACCGGUGCGCAUAACACACCCAGCAGAAAGACGAAGGCAUUCAUGUGAUUGUGAGAGUGAGAUAUCUGAGUGUGUGCGGAUCUGUAGGUAUGUGCAUCAGGCAGGGCACUGCUGCUGGCGGGUUCCCGUUGCUGGAAAGGGCGGACGCUGCCAAUGACACCAAUGAGAAGGUGAGCGUGACACUCCAGAAAGAUAUCAGCCACAUCAUGCCUGCCUGCUUUUUUCGGCGUUGUGUUCGUGCAGCAGACGCGCCGUCCGCCCCGCUGACUGGUGCAAUACCCGAAAAUGGUGCCCUUUGAGGCCUUCUAUCGUGCUUCCAAGACCACCAUCGGGCUGGGAGGGGCGUGCAUCGACGAGGGGACCCUGGUGUACGGGACGCACCUGGCCUGCAGGGGCCAUGUGGUCAUCGGGUGGAUCAUCGACGGCCUUCUCGAUGUGGCCGGCGGUGGGCUGGAGAGG